AUUUGCUUGGAGCCAGCUUGAAUUUUACAAUACUGUUAAAACUGAGGCUAACAUGAUAAAAAAUUUCAUAAUGAACCAUAGCAUGCGUCUUUCAAUGUUCAAUGAGUUUAGCCAUUUGAAGUUAUUGUCUAUUGCUGAAACAAGAUUUGCCUCGGUAGUGUGUAUGUUGAGACGCUUUGUUGAGGUAAAAAUGGCACUCCAGCAAAUGGUGAUAAGUGACAAAUGGACUGUCUACAGAGAGGAUGCUCCAACUGCCCAAAAUGCCCAAACUGUCAAGGAAAAGAUACUGAGUGAUGUGUGGUGGAGCAAUGUUGAGCAUAUUCUUAAGGUUACUUCUCCUAUAUAUGAUAUGAUACGUGUGGCGGACACGGACACGCCAUGUCUUCACUUAAUUUAUGAAAUGUGGGAUUCUAUGAUUGAGAAAGUGAAGAAAGAGAUAUAUCUCUGGGAAGGGAAGGAACAUGAUGAGGUGUCUGACUAUUACUCAGUUGUUCAUGACAUAUUGAUUGCUAGGUGGACAAAAGGGAAUAAUCCAUUGCAUUGUUUGGCUCACUCACUCAAUCCAAGAUACUACAGUAGGCAAUGGAUUCAGGAAAUUGAUGGCCGUGUACCACCCCACAAGGACAAAGAGGUAUCCCAAAUGAGGAUGACUUGCUUCAAAAAGUUUUUUCGCAUACCAGAAGAAUUGGCUCAAGUAAAAGAAGAAUAUGCAAGGUUCUCAAGUUGUUCAGAAGAAUUCAAUGAUCCUGAUUCAAUUCAUGAUAGAUGGGCUGUUUCCCCCAUGACUUGGUGGACAAAUCAUGGGCAGUCUGUUCCUCUAUUGAUGAAUUUGGCGAUCAAAUUGAUUAACCAACCAGCAUCAUCUUCUUGCUGUGAACGCAAUUGGAGUACAUAUAGCUUCAUACAUAGUGUCAAAAGAAAUGCCUUAACUCCAGAGAGGGCUGAAGAUUUGGUCUUUGUGCACUCAAAUCUGAGGCAUAUGUCAAGAAAAACAGAUGCAUACAAGACAGGAGAGACAAGAAUGUGGGAUGUGGGAGGAGAUUCUUUUGACACUAUGGCUGGUGUAGGUCUUCUUGAAGUGGCUGAACUCUCCCUUGAUGAGCCUGAAUUGCAAGCUGUGUCCUUUGGUCUUGAGAUUGUCAGCCUGGAAGAGAAUGAAGCACCUGUUGAGGAUGUAGAAGAAUAAACUAUGAAGCAUUGAACUCCAAGCUGUCAAGAAAAAUUAUGAAGUGUCUGUUAUGUAUUUGUAUUGACUGCUAUAAGCUAUUUACCUAUGUUGAACAUCGAACCAUGAAGCACCUGUUAUGUAUUUGUAUUGACUGCUAUCUCUAUGUUGAACAUCGAUUUCUUAUUGUUGUCAACUUUGAUAUGCAUUGUCUUUAUUUAAUUUUAUUAAAAAAAUUGAAACGUAUCCACGUAUCGGAGUUUUUUGGGAGAGUGUCGUAUC